CCCCCAUAAACAAGCUAUAUACUUACCUGUUUCUUGGCAACUUCGCUUUUCUUUCUGUUAUAUAUACUUGGAUUAUUUAUUCCCCAAACCACCAUAGUCCUUAAAAAAUGGGUUCUGAAAAGGUGUCAAGAACCAGGACUCAUCAACCUUGUGCUGCUUGUAAGAUGCUACGUCGGAGAUGUGACAACAAUUGCAUACUUGCACCAUAUUUUCCAAUCGAUGAGAUAGAAAACUUUGCCUGUGUGCAUAGAGUUUUUGGAGCUAGCAAUGUCAUUAAAAUGAUUCAGAUGGCUGAGGAGACGAAGAGGGAGGAUGCUGUCAAAGCAAUAGUUUAUGAAGCAACAGCAAGGCUCAGAGACCCUGUUUAUGGCAGUGCUGGGACUACUUUUCACUUGCAUAAGAUGGUUCAGGAUCUGAAAUUUGAGUUGGAAUCAAUACAAAGUCGAGUUAUGGCGUUGCAAGAACAAAGAAAUCAGUUAUUGGGUAUUGUCAUGAAUGCUCAUCACCAGGAUCCUGUCUACCCCAUAAAUGACUCCAUGUUUGAUUGUGGGGAUUUCUCAUUAGAUGAUGGAUCUCUAGCCUAUGAUCCUGUUAACUUUUCUAUGGAGUGUGACUGGAUUUUGUAAGGAGAUUCUGAUUCUCCCCGUUCAGUUAUUCCUCAGCAUAACUGGUUAGAGAUUUUCUUUUAAAAAGGUAAAAAAUAUUUAUUAAGAACUUUGUGAGAACGUAGCCAUGGAAAUAUACUCUGGUUAAAUGUGAAAGGAAAUGUUAUAUAGUAGAAUAAAAAUUUGUAAGUUAUAAUUUGUACUUUUAAAUCUAUUAACUAUUGACUCCUUUGAUCAGUCUACCAUACUUACAGC